UUACUUCAAGAAGGGUCCCAGUUUGUUGUUUUUGAAACAUCUCUCGAUUAUCACAAAGACAGUCGGUUCUCCAUCGUAGCUGCCGGAUUUAUCGACAGCGUUUGUAGCAUCGAUUGCAACUCUCUGGUGGUUCCUGUCCAACCAACGUACCUUAUAUCGCUUCCUUUUCAGGUUCUCCACCUGCUCAAUAAAAUUGAAAUCUUUCCAACUGGUCGUGUCAAUAUAAAGGAACUCAAAGAACCCUUUCGGAACAGAAGUAAUAUCUACGAGAUCGAACGGCUUCAGCUUAUCACUCUCAGGAAGAUCCUAAAACGGUGCAGAAAUAUCGAGUACCGUUACCAUGCUUAUGCCAAUGGUUUUUGGAAAAAGGGUUUUUGGGUUGUUACGGUAAUAGAAAACAUACUAUCAUCUCAAAGCUCUGUGAGAAUUUCGAGUCCUUCACUCCUCUCCGACGUCUCACUGCUGUUUUCGUCACGAAAUCACCAAGAUUCAACCUGAACCAGUAGAGGUCAUGACCAUAUCGAACAGGAGCCGAUCGUAUCCAAUUUCACAAGGUGGGCAGAAAUUACAGAACUCAUACCCUUUCUCUCUCUUCGGUUCAUGAUCGUCACCAUCAAUCUGCUCAUUUUCCUCGACUUCACUGAUUGUGAUCUGAAAUGGGGUGAAGAAUACAUUGCUCUAGACUGUACUAUCAUAGGCCAAGGUGAAGAUAAUGUGGCAAAGGGGGGUGGGGGUAGAAGCAGAUCAAAUUAG